AUGGGUCACUCUCACGGUCUGAGAUCUGGCACUCGGUAUGCCUUCUCCCGCGACUACAAGAAGCACGGCGUUAUCCCUCUUUCCACUUAUAUGAGAGUUUACCGGGUUGGUGACAUCGUGGAUAUCAAAGUCAACGGAGCAGUUCAACAGGGGUCAUAUGCCAUCAAGGUCUACCACGGCAAGACCGGUGUUUGUCUACAACGUGACAAAAGUCUCGCGUUUGGCGUCAUCAUCUACAAGCGCGUCGGAAACAGAUAUAUUGGAGAAGCGCGUCAACGUCCGCCAUCGAGCACGUUUCCCACUCCCGAUCCAGAGGAGAAUUCCUCCGGCGAGUCAAGGAGAACGCUGUCAAAAGACGGAAGGCCCAAGGAGGAGGGUAUCCACAUCCAUCUGAAGAGACAACCAAUCGGACCCCGGGAGGCAAGAACAGUAAGCACGGAGGGAAAUAUGCCAGAGACAAUUACACCCAUUGCAUACGAAACGACUAUCUAA